AAGAUGAUCGAAAAGCUCGUAUUUUUCCUUUUAUUCGUCUUUGCUGCUAGCGGAAACUCAGCGGCGGGGAAGCCAUGGCACUGGAAAUCCCGAAAGCCAUUGGUGGGUCCCCGCGGAUACUUCCCUGUCACGUCCUACGCUGCGACCUGUACCGAGGCCAUUCCUCACUCGUGGCCCCAUCAGGCGGCUCUCUUCAUCGACGACAUGUACUUCUGCGGCGGUUCCCUCAUCUCCAGCGAGUGGGUCAUCACGGCCGCUCACUGCAUGGACGGUGCCAGCUUCGUCGAGGUAGUGCUGGGCGCCCACAACAUAGUCGAGAACGAAGCCAGCCAGGUCUCCAUUAUCUCCACCGACUUCUUCACUCACGAGAACUGGAACUCUUGGCUCCUCACCAGCGACAUUGCCCUCAUCAGGCUGCCUAGCGCGGUCGAAUUUAAUGAAAACAUCCAGGCAGUCAGACUGCCAUCGGUCGACGUGUCUGCCGGCACUGUAGUUACGCCCACAGGCUGGGGCGACGGGUGUGGCGACGCGGGUGGUAUCUCCCCCGACGUCCUCCAUCAAGGAGACGUUCCUACCCUGUCCAAGGACGAGUGCGACGCCGUGUAUGGAGUGGUCGGGGUUAUCUGUACUGAUGGCGGGAAGGGCACUUGCACCGGUGACUCCGGCGGCCCACUCAACCUGGACGGCGUGACCUACGGCAUCUCCUCUUUCGGUUCCUCCGCCGGAUGUGAGGCUGGCUACCCCAACGCCUUCACCCGCGUCUUUGAUUACCUGGACUGGAUCGAACAGAAGACUGGCAUCACUGCAUGAGCAGACUAGGCCUCCAAAUCUUUUUUUAUUAUUUGAAAGGCCAUGUGUAGGCGUUGUGAAGAAUUGAGAUCUAUAUUUGAUUAAAGAUUGGUGUUACUGAUA